CUAGCCCGCGUGUGACGAGGGGUGACGCGAGAGCUGCGCCGAGAGUGACGGGCAGCGGGCGACGAGCUCCGCUGCACUGCUGCUGUAGGGGACAGGUCGGUCCCAUCCCGGGACCGGGAGCGCGGCGCCUGCCGCAGCCGCUUCACCCCCGAGAACAGUCAGCUGCGUCUCGGAGCCAAGCACCGGGAGCGCAGGCUCUCGGGAGCAUGACCUCGUAUCCCCGGCGCAGCGAAGCACCUCACGGGAGCCUGUCCGCGCCGCACGCGUCCAAUUUAUGGGCCUACGGUGAGGGUGGCCCAGCCAGCUGCGCGCUGAGUGGCGUUACUGGCAGCGCGAGCCUGACCUGACUGACUGGAGCCGGCGUGUCCUGCCCGGUUCUGAGUCGAGGGGAGGCGACGAGGCGGCUUCAGAGGGCGCAGCGCCCACAUCUGCCGGACAGCGGGUAAGCGCCCAUCCACCGUCGGGACUCACCGUCCGCUCCCGCCGUUCAACGCCAGCAUACCGAGCAAGAUGAACGAGUGGGUGAAGAAGAUCCGCUCCUCGGUGCAGUCGGUCGUUGAGGGAAAGCGGAGAAAGAGCGCUCCGCCGUCGACCGGCGAGAGCAAGCCGGAUUGGCAGCGGGCGUCGGAGCCGGUUGAGCUGCCACCGCCCCAGGGACCACAGCUGGCCAGCCUGACCAAGCAGCGGGCGCGCGGCCCUCCCCGGCGUCGGCCCUCGCCCCGCUCCGUGCUGCUCGAGCCGGCACGCACGGCGCCUGCCGUCGGCGACGACGACCCGUCCAGGUUCGCCUGGGGCUGCGACCCCUCCAUCGACCCGGCUCUCUUCUUCAGCGACGUGCUCGGCCGCAGCAUGGUGCGGACUAACGGCACGGCAUGCGGCAGCCACCAGCUCGCCAGCAUAGGCGAGGAGCACGCCGAGGGUGACGACGCGCGCCUGCGGGCGUCGCGCGCCGAGGCAGAGUCAGCGGGCGUAGAAGGGGUGUCGGGUGAUUCCGCUGGCGCGUCGAUAGGCGGUGAUAGGGCGUCAAAAGACGCUGAUAGGGAGAAAACGUCCGCGGGGCGGACGUCAGUGGGUGAGAGGGUCUCAGAGGGCGCGAAGAGGGUGUCGGUGACGUCAGAGCUGUCAGCAGAGGGGCAGGGGCCACCGUGUGAGUCAUCGGGAGAGCCACCAGGGGUCGCGAAAGAAGCUGCAGGGACCGCGAAAGGGGCCCAGCCGCCGAAGGGCGACAGGAGUCGGGACAGCAGCACGACAGUUCUGAGGCUGAAGGGGGGUGAGGUGGAGGGAGCGCCGCCGCGGAGGUUGUGCACUAUUCUGUAGUGACGGCGGCGAGCACUGGGACCUCCGAUCUGUCACUAGUCCCAGCCGCCAGACGGGAAAGGGCGAUGAAAGGUAACUGUUUGGCUACCUGCGGUGAUAACUGAUCGUGCGGUCGCGUUUUUACAGGCUUCUUCACGGCCAAUCAUUUGUAUAUGGUUCAGGUCAGUAAGGUCUUCUCGCCUUGUGUUGAAGUUACCAUUUACCUAACAGCUUGGUCUUCAGACCGUGACCGGAGCUUAUCACCGUCGAUCACUGCAUUGUACGUCGGGGUCGCUAAAGACAAGAUGAGGUGGGAAAGCUCAUAUCACAAAUAUGAGUUCUGUCUUGCAUUCGGAAACGGGUAAGAACACAAGUUUCUAGGAUUUAUAAUAGCAAGCACCCACUAGUUUAGCGAAAGGUGAUGUGUUCUGGUGUAAUGGGCUAGAUAAUACCUUUGAUGUUCCGAAUAGUUUCAGGCGAUGCGUUAUGUUUGCGAUGUGCAAGUAAGGUCGCAAUUAAAAGCGUGUCCAUACCAAAGGUUCCAAGUGAUACGAAUGGCUUUAUCGAUGUCAACCAAAGUGAUAAACGAAUGAUGUCACAUCAAGACAGUGUUUGUUGUUUGUAGAUAGAAAUGCCGGAUAGACGUAGAAAUAACUUGUAUGCAGUGCGUAUCCUGUAGAUGUAGAAACGCAUGCCAUUAACUCAAACGAUGUGGAUAUGUACCUUCUUUUCUGCGGUAUAUAUCGAAAACCUGGCCUGUGAAGAUGCCACUUCCCCUUCUCUUCGUGUAGCCUCGAGCAAUGCACGUUUAAUACACUUGUGCUGAAUUGGU